AUGAAAAUAACGAUUUUGACAACACUUUUUUCUUUUACAAUGGCAAAUAAUUGGGAAAUGAUUUGUAAACCAGCGAUUUGCUCAAAAUGCCGAAGCUAUCUCAUCAGAAACUCCAAAGAUCCAUCAGACAGAUACUGGGUGAUGUGCUCGACGCUUUCGAGGAACAAACACUGCUGCAACUUCCGCGGAGGACCCACGCUCUUCACCUCGAUAUCAGACAUGUGUCAAGACAAAGAUGGCGAUAACGAGAUAGUGGAGAAGGACUACGAAAUCAACUUCGACGUCACCGAUGAGGAAUGUCAAGGCAUCGCAAACGACAACAUGACAGAAAUAACAAAUGACUUGGCGCUUGUUUCGGACGAAUUUGAACGCGCGAUGGACUCCAAGUGCCGUGGCAACAACAAGCAAUGCUCGCUCGAGGCGACCUACAGGGAAAUUCAAACUGAUGGCAAGUACAGGCUCGACUUUGAAGUGCAAAAAGACAAUUGCUCGAUCAAGUACAAAGAAAUGAAGACUUGCUCGCAAGUUUCGGCGCAGCUCAGGACAGAGCAAAUCGUCAGCGCUCUGACGUACAUCGGCUUGAUCAUCGGUGGCGCGUUGAUCGGGGGCAUUCUGAUCGGGGCGAUGAUCCUCAAACGAAACGACCACAAGGCGAUGCUUGAAAGGUCGAGGGCCAGGACUUCGGUGCAAAUCUCACAAUCCAAAAAGAAGGAUGAUUCGCUCAACGGACAAAACGGCGAGAAGAAAGAUCUGAUAGUGAAAAGAGAAGAAUUAUGA